AAAAUGAACGCGUCUACCUGUAGGCUAUUUAAGUGCAUGAGUUAACAUGUCAAAAAGACACUGUGUUUCUGGGAAAUAUAGAUUAGCGCUCUCUCUCUCUUUCGCUCUGUGUGUGUGUGUGUGUGUGUGUGUGUGUGUGUGUGUGUGUGUUUACACAGACGGGAAUACUACGCCAGAGGAAGUGCGCCGGUUCUCCGUCUGCGCGUCCCGACUUCCUGCUCUAAGGCAGGGGAGAGAAAAGCUGCAGAUCCGCUUUCAGACAGCAGCGGCAUGGAGCCCCGACACAACACACACACACCGCUAUAAGACACAAACACACACCUCAUACACGGCCAGACUAGCAGAAGAGCAGCGGCCGUCCACAGCAGGGUCGCCUGUGUCUCCGGUGUCAUCCCGUCAUGGAGAGUUCCAUCACACUCUGGCAGUUCCUGCUACAGCUGCUGAUCGACCAAAGCCACAAACAUCUCAUCUGCUGGACGUCUAACGACGGCGAGUUCAAGCUGCUUAAGUCAGAAGAGGUGGCUAAGCUGUGGGGGCUGCGCAAGAACAAGACCAACAUGAACUAUGACAAGCUGAGCAGAGCCCUGCGCUACUACUACGACAAAAACAUCAUCAAGAAGGUGAUCGGCCAGAAGUUCGUCUACAAGUUUGUGUCGUUCCCUGAGAUCCUGAAGAUGGACCCUGCAGUGGUAGAGUCGGGCCGCAGCAGUGAGGAAAGUGGGGGCGGGACGUCAGAGCCUGAGGCUGACGACGAGGACGGUGGUGGGAGAAACCAGUACCUCCACUCCAGCCUGUACUCCUCCUUCACCGUCAGCACCCUGCAGCACCCCUUGGAACCGCAUCGGCCAAUCAAGACUGAGCCCAGAUCCGAUCACUACGGCGACAGCUCCUCCGUCAUCCGAUUCGUAACCAACCGCGGCCACUCAUCCCUGCCCCCAACCCCACCCCCAUCCUCGGCUGAGACCUCCCAUUCCUCCAGACCGUCUCCGGUCCAGGCCCGCUCUUCCUCCUGCUCCUCCUCCCCGCCGCAAAGCCCUGUCCACGCACUGUGGAGGGGGCGGGGCCAGAGCUCAGAGACUAAUGAGUUAGAGCAGAGCGCCCAACCUCUAAACCUCUCAUCUGGUCAGAGGGAGAGAGAGAGGUCACAUGCGAUGCCAGAAUGCAGGAGAUUCGCCAAUAGCGGGCCUUUGAAAAGCAGGAAACCCAAAGGGUUGGAAAUCUCCUCCUCCUCGCUCUUCCUGACAGGAAGCGACCUUGUCUCCAUUGCGCUCAACAGCCCGGCGCUGCCUUCAGGCUCCCUGACCCCUGCCUUCCUCACCACACAGACUCCGUCUGGUCUGCUGCUCACUCCCAGUCCUCUACUCUCCAAUAUCCAUUUCUGGUCCAGCCUGAGUCCGGUGGGACCCCUCAGCCCUGCACAACUGCAGAGCCAUGCCCCCCUCUUUCAGUUCCCCACUCUGCUGAAUGGACACAUCUCUAUGCCUUUACCCAGCAUGGAUGGUCCCUCUCCUCUGCUGUUCUCCUCCAGCUCCCACAAGUGCUGAUGCCAGCCCAAGCUCCAAGAACAAACUGGGCCAGACCAAGCCGGGCCAGAUCAGCACAGAGAAGAUCAGCCUUGGACUCUGACGAUGAACCACGCAGGAGUUGGACUUCCUCUGAGUCGAUUUAGACUUUGAUGUGAAACCUGUUCCUUUGCAUUUAUCAUAUCAAGAAACAGGAGCUUCACUCUGAAGCUUUGCUCUCUGAGAGGAGUAUCCGCAUUAGACAUUUCUUUGUGUUUACUACAGUUCAACUCCUCAUGUUCUUUACGCGGGUGUUUGGUGCUUCUUUUCAGGCAAAGAUAUUGACUGGAGGUCAGACCUCAUUACAUUUCUCAUCUCAUUUUAUAUCUUGUGUCAUUUCACUCGGUUUAAACUUCAGUGAUGCAGACUGGUUGCAAUUUCAUGAAUGUUAUCCCUAUUUCCCCCCUGCCCUGAAUAAUGUCAAAUAUCCACAUCACUGACUGAAACAAUGAUCUGGGGAAAUCUUUGUCAGGUAUUGUGAGAUAACAAGAUCUGAAGAACGACAGAUGCUUCCUUUAAUAGACUUAUGUAUUUACUUAAAGGAGCUGUACUUGUUUGUCAUGCUAACGCACAGUUAAGAGGAAAGAGACAUAUUUGGUUUCCUACCGAGAGUAGAUGAGAAGAUUGAUACCGCUCUCAUGUUUGUAAGCUUAAUAUGAAGCUACAGCCAGAGGACGGUUAGCUUAGCAUAAAGACUGCUGAUGUGAAAAACAGUUUGCCUUACUCGGUGCAAAGGUGACAAAAUCUCACAAGCGGCUAAAAGCGUACUAGUUAACAAAUUGACUGUACAAAAAUGAAAAAAAUAACAAUUUGUUGUUUUAUGGAGGACUGAAGGCAAAAAAAUUGUUUGGCACAUAACAUCCGCUGAAACCACAAUGUGUCGUUUUUUUGUACAGAUUAAAAACAGACCAUUUAAUCUUCAACAGCAGGCUUUACAGGUAUAGGCCGACUUUGUUAACUUUGGGCAGAGGCAGACUAGCUGUUUCCAGUAUGUAUGCUAAGCUAGCCAGCUGCUGGCUGUAGCUACAUAUUUAACUGAAGAGCCGUCAUCAAUGUUGUCAUUUUACUCACGGCAAGAAAGAGUAUUUCCCAAAAUGUGGAGGCUUCCUUUAAUUUGAACAAAUCUCACAAUGUGACCAGUUUCGGGUGUUACAACAGUCAACCAAUAGCUUUGUCUCAUUUGUCAACCUUUUGGGAAUGCAAAAAAGUA